AUGAACCAGAAGGUGCAGGUUCUGAACUGGCUGAAUGUCUGUGCAAGACGUGGGUCCUGUGGACAACGGGGCGAGUUGCUGGUUGAAGCAUCUUGUCAUAAUGGAGAUGAAACAAUGGAAACAAUUGAGGCUGCUGAAGCACUUCUCAAUAUGGACUCCCCUGGUCCUAUGAUGGAUGAAAAAAGAAUAACAACUAUGUUUGGUACGACUGAAGACGAUGAUAUGGUGGCUCCUAUUACACACGUGUCAGUCACGCUUGAUGGGAUCCCAGAGGUAGUGGAAGUUCACCAAGCCUCAGACCGUUACGCUGAAUCACCAGAGACUCCAGAAUUUGAACAACCAAAGAAGAAAAAAGGGAAGAAGCCGAAACCAUCUCGUCCCGAGUCCCCUACUACAACUCCGAACAUAUCUGUGAAAAAGAAAAACAAAGAUGGAAAGGGAAAUACAAUUUAUCUCUGGGAGUUCUUACUAGCACUGCUCCAGGACAAAGCUACGUGUCCUAAAUAUAUCAAAUGGACUCAGAGAGAGAAGGGAAUUUUCAAACUGGUAGAUUCCAAGGCUGUGUCCAAGUUGUGGGGAAAGCACAAAAACAAACCUGACAUGAAUUAUGAAACAAUGGGUAGAGCUCUCAGAUACUAUUACCAAAGAGGAAUACUGGCUAAAGUAGAAGGUCAGCGCCUAGUAUAUCAAUUUAAAGAAAUGCCAAAAGAUCUCAUUUAUAUAGAUGAUGAAGAUGCAAGCCCUAGCAAUGAAUCGUCAGAUUCAACUCUGCUCUCAACUCCUGUGGCCAGUAGAAACCAGUCAAGCAGAUCUAGAGCAUCUGCAAACACGGGAACAAAGGGAGGAUCGACCACAGUGCUAAAAACAGGAAACUCAAAGCCUGCUAAGCUGAAGGAGCACAUAGAAGUUGUACAACAGCAGACACCUGGCUUGACUUCAGAAGUUUUCAGGACAAUGCAAUCUCCCCAGCCAGUACAUCCCACUCAGCUUUUUCGGACAGUUCACGUAAUGCAGCCAUUGCAGUCCCUCACGGAAGGACAUGCAGCUGUAACCAGUAGUGUUCCGGAUGAAACAUUAAAUCCCUCGGUUCAGAAUAUAAGGUAAGAAAAUGUACAGA